AUUACAAAAUGAGUUUUCUAAAUAAAGUCGUUAUAAUAACGGGAGCUGGAUCAGGCAUUGGUGAAGGGACAGCUGUUCAUUUCGCGACAUUAUCCGCCAACUUAUCCUUGAUAGAUAAAAAUGGAGAAAGCCUUCAUAAAGUGGCGGAGAAAUGUGGAAGUUUAAGCCAAACUAAAGUACUGGAAUUCCACGCAGAUGUAUCCAAUGAUGAAGAAAUAAAACAAGCAGUAGACAAUACUAUGAAGGAAUUCGGGAAAAUUGACGUUGUAGUGAACUGCGCGGGCAUAAUUGCUUAUAGAGGCAUAUUAGAUUCUGAUUUAUUGAGUGUUUUUGAUAAAGUUAUCAGUGUUAAUCUUAGAUCUAUGGUCGCCAUGACACAUUUUGCGGCGCCAGCAUUGAUUGAGAGCAAAGGAUGUGUCGUUAAUAUAUCCAGUGUUAUGGCUAGAAUGGUGAGUAAAGGAUCACUGCCAUACAACGUGUCGAAAGCGGCUGUAGCCCAUUUUACAAAGAACGCGGCUUACGAUUUAGCGGAAAAGGGUGUCAGAGUCAAUUCCAUAUUGCCAGGUCCAGUAGAGACCAAUAUUUUACUAUCCGCUGGAAACACUAACGAGGAAAAUGAUAAACUGUGGGAAUUAUUCGCCACCGCGGUACCGCUACAGCAUAAUAUUAAUGCGUGUGAGAUUGCUGAGAUGGUAGCAUAUUUGGCUAGUGAUAAAGCUAAGAGCAUAACUGGCGCUGAAUUCGUUGUAGAUUCAGGUCUGAUAUUGUCUGGAAUGCCGAAUGCGCCGAAAUAA